AUGGGUCUCAUAAAGCUCCUCCUGAAAGCGAUCAUCAUCCCAAUCGUUCUCCUCAUCGUCGUCACCGUCGUUGUGGUGUUCUGGAUCAAGAUGCGCCGCGAAAAGAAACAGAAGGAGAAAGAAAUUGAGACCGGGUUUCAGCCACCUCCUAUACAGCAAUGGGUGCCUUACACCCCGGUUCAACAGCCUGCCCCGGUUUAUGCCAAAACCCCGGGAGCGACAGAACAUGGAAUUGCACAGCCUUGA